UUGACCAUCAUGUUCUCUUUCUUGUCUCUCUUCAGCUCAGCACUGCUGGCCUCCACCGCCGUGGCAUGGCCAAGCGCACCUCCUGCCCCCUUCGUUCAGAACACAACCGUCUUCGUCCCGCCAGCCAACUGGCCAGACAAGGGUGGCAGUUAUGCUCGUUCCGUCCUUCUCAAUCAGAAUUGCGAGCAGGGUGAACCCACCAUCUUGGCCACCGCAGCCUACAACGCCCCUGACGGUCAAUACUUCAUCAUCCACAAGAGCACUGACUAUGGAGCCACCUGGUCGGAAUUCUCCAAGGCGUACUUCAACGGCAAUGCUAGCGUGACCGGAGGUAUCAUUUUGCAGCCUUUCAUGAUUGAGCUCGCUCAGCCGUUUGGAAAAUACCAGCCUGGAACCAUUCUGCUGUCUGGUAACCGUAUUCCUGGCGACUUUUCGAGCACCAAUAUUCAGUUGUAUGCUAGCACAGACAAGGGUGUAUCCUGGGAGUAUGUCUCCACUGUCGCUUACGGCGGUCCUCCAAACACCGACAACGGAGCACCCUGCGUCUGGGAACCCUUCAUUCUCGCCUACGACAACCAGGUCAACGUGUUCUACUCCGACCAACGUGAUCCCGCGUAUGGCCAGAAACUCGCUCACCAGUCCAGUGGUGACCUGAUGUCAUGGGGUGAUGUUGUCAAUGAUGUCGCUUACGCAAACUACACCCAGCGACCCGGCAUGAUCACCAUGGCACAAAUCGGCAACGGAAAAUGGAUGUGCUCCUACGAAGUCGGUCUCUGGACAGAUCCCGUCACUGGCAGCAACGAUAGCGCACCUUACGCCACCCACUACAAGAUUGCAGACUCACCUCUCAAAUUCGGAUCAGUUGGCGAUAGCAUCCUGAAGACCNCCGAAGGCAUCUCCAGCGCAGGUCCCUACACUGUCUGGACUCCCGCUGGUGGUCCCUCGGGCACAAUUGUUGUCAGCGAUUCCUCAUACGAUCAAUUCUUCCUCAACACACAGAACGGCGACCCCAGCGCUUGGAAGAACGUCAGUAGCCAAGGUCAUGGAGUCGGAUACACCAGAUCUUUAAGAGUGCUGCCAGGAAAUAGUGGAAAGAUCAUUCAGGUGUAUAACGGUGGUAUGUACGGUUCAAACAUGACCGAGUUCACUGCUGGCGAUUUCAUUGUGCCAGGACCUGCUGGUCAUGGUCCUGGUGCUCAAGGCUUCCCUGCUUGCAACCACAACAGCGGCGGCUAUGGACAUGGCUGGGGCUGGGGCAAUCCCUGGUGGUAG